GUACAAGUAAUAAAGAAGACAGAGAUGUCAUAAUAUAACCUCAAAUUUCUUAGUUUAACAAUAGCCACAGAUAUGGAUUUACGUUUACUAUUAUUAUAAUAUACAAACAAUAUGGAUGUUCUAAAUUAGUUCACAAAUAUUUAAUCAAAUAAUGGAGGCAGAAAAGGUUACAAUGCUGCGUUAUAGAGGCUCUAAACUGAGCAAAGUGAAAAAACUGGAUAUGUUUCCAAAAGUUGAAGAAACUUUUAAAGAAACUUCUUCUGUUGGAGGAACAUUUUCCAUUUUUGGAUUCCUUAUCAUCAUAUGGCUUGUAUUUUCUGAAAUUCAAUAUUAUUUAGAUAGCAAAUUUAUCUUCAAAUUUUCACCAGAUGUCGAAUUAGACGAACAGCUUAAAAUCAAUAUUGACAUUACAGUAGCUAUGCCUUGUCAUUUUUUAGGAGCUGAUAUACUAGAUUCUACUAAUCAAAAUACAUUCAAAUUUGGUGCUCUUGAUCAAGAAGAUACCUGGUUUGAAUUAGCUCCCAAUCAACAAAUUCAUUUUGAUAAUAAAAAGCAUUUCAACUCAUAUCUACGAGAAGAAUAUCAUGCUGUAAAGGACUUGCUAUGGAGAAGCAGAUUCUCAACACAUUUUGGAGAACUUCCUCCAAGAAAUGACGCUCCAGACAGACCUCAUGACGCUUGUAGGAUUUAUGGUAAUCUCAUAUUGAAUAAAGUAGCCGGAAAUUUUCAUAUAACUGCUGGUAAAAGCCUACCUCUAUCUAGAGGACAUGUUCACAUGAAUGCUUUUAUGUCAGACCGAGACUACAAUUUUUCUCACAGAAUAAACAAAUUUAGUUUUGGCGACCCCAGUCCUGGAAUUGUUCAUCCAUUGGAAGGAGAUGAGGUCAUAGGAACGUAUGGGCGUACCUUAUUUAACUACUUUAUUGAAGUAGUACCAACUAAAGUGAAUACUUUUCUUACGUCUGUAAACACUUAUCAGUACAGUGUUAAAGCAUUAAACAGACCCAUCGAUCACGAUGCUGGUAGCCACGGAUUUCCGGGAUUGUUUUUCAAGUAUGACGUAUCCGCACUAAGGGUAACUGUUAAACAAGAAAGGGAUCAUUUGGGAACUUUUCUCUCCAGAUUGUGUUCUAUUAUUGGAGGAGUUUUUGUUUGUUCAGGUAUCCUUAACCAAAUUGUACAAUUACUUAUCGACUUUAUAAACAACAAUUUCAAGAAAGAAGUUAUAACUGCAAAGGAUAAAGAACUAUUGGUCGAAGAUGUCCAACCUUCUGUUGUUCAAUUAACAUAAUCUAGUAUUUUAUUUAUUAUCACAUACUUUGUGUUUGUUGUUCUUCUUUAACCUGCUUGUUCUUUUUUAAAUAAAUCAUGAAAAAUGA